CCCCAAUUCAUCAUCCUUCCUCUUCCAUCUCUCACAUCCCCUCUCCAUGGCUCCGACUCUCGAAAUAUCCAUCCCCAACACCAGCAUCUCGCCCACCUCCCCCCCUUACACCCUCUACAACAUCACCCUCCGCCUCCCUCUCCGCUCCUUCACCGUCUCCAAGCGCUACUCCGACUUCACCACCUUCCACACCACCCUAACCAACCAAACCAACGCCGCCCCUCCGGCCCCCCUCCCCGCUAAAUCCUGGUUCUCCAACACCGUCAAGAACGCCUCCCUGCGCGAAGACCGCCGCAUCGCACUCGAAACCUACCUCCGCGCCAUCAACGACUCCGACGACUCGCGAUGGCGCACCUCCCCCGCCUGGCGCGCCUUCCUGAACCUCCCCACCGCCGCCACCACCGGCGGGAACAAUAACAACGGCCCGGGCGGAGGCAAAUCCAUGACAUCCGCGCGGCUCCAUGCCGCGAUCACAGAGCCCGGCGCCGCCGGCGGAGCGGCGAUCACGGACCCCACGCUCUGGCUGGACUGCUACCGCGACAUGAAGGGGCAUCUGCACGACGCGCGACUGCACCUGACGCGACGGGACCAGGAGACGACGCCGCAGAAGCAGCAUGAGAGUUCGGCGCGGGCGAAGAGCUCGCUGGUGCGUGCGGGCUCGCUGAUCGUGGCGCUGGAAGAGGGGUUGAAGAAUCUCGGGAGUUCCGCGGAGGGAGGGCUCGGUGAUGGGGAGGUCCGCAGGCGGAAGGAUCUCCUGGUGAAUGCGCGCAAGGAGCGCGAUGGCCUGGAGGAUCUGUUGAAUGCCAUGGCGGCGAAGAGUCGGGUGGAUCAUGCGGUGGCGUCGAUUCAGGAUAAGGAGGCGCUGGUGGGCGGCAGUGCAGGGAAGAAGCCGGCGCGGUCGGGCCGGGUGCUGGGCAAGGAGACGGAGAGGACGAGGGAGUUGGAUAAUCAGGGGGUGCUGCAGUUGCAGAAGCAGACGAUGGAGGACCAGGAUCUGAGUAUCGAGGAGUUGAGGAAGAUUGUGAAUCGGCAGAAGGAGCUGGGGGUUUCGAUCAAUGCCGAGCUGGAGUACCAGAAUGAGCUGCUGAAGUUGGCGGACGAGGAUGCAGAUAGGUUACAGCGCAAGGUGGAAAUUGGGAAGAAGAGGAUUGGAAAGAUCUCCUAGGCUGGAGAUGGUGCUUCUUUUCUCUUUUGUUGUUAUAUGUGCAUGGUUACUGUUUUAUAGUUUCUUUAUAUCUAUCCAGCGAGACGACCAAAUUAGCAUAGACGGCCUAUUUUACGCCACGGUAAUAUUAUUCAUAUUGGU